AUGUCUCAACCAGGAUCUGACUCAGACCAGAGUGGUCGAAACACGCCUACAUCGCCAGAUCCUCCAGGAACCAAAGCAGGCUUCUCUCUUCCGCCCCCUGGUUUCGACCCGAAAACGGACGGGGAGAAAACCCGCAAGUACUACGCGGAACAAUAUAAAAAGGGUCCUCUUGACCCAGAAGACCAAGUCGGGGAAUCGGUGGAGGAGGAGAUCGACAGGCAGAUCACAGAACUUGAGAAAAUGAGGGGGAAGACAGUGCCACAGGAUGAGCAGGACCGCAUCGCCGCCAAGAUCAGAAAGGUCCGCGGCGGGAGUUGGCUUGAAGCACUUAAGGUUGAGCUUCGAGGGAAGACGGACGUCCCUAUCGCCUACUUCAAUCGCCUCGUGGCGGAAUAUGAGGGCACAAUUCCACUCGUUGUCUCAUUCAGAGCGAAAGCUGAGAAGGACGUUGCCGACAAAGACAAGACCAUCAAGGACCUCAAGAAGCAGCUCGACAGUGGACAGGCCAGCAGUUCAGACCCUAAAUUGGAAAAGGAGAAUUCCGAUCUCAAGAGUGAAAACGAGUCCUUGACGAAGGAAAACAAUGACCUCAAGGACCAGCUUGAAAAGCUGCAAGGCGAACUGAAAGACUGCCAAAAGCACGGAAAGACUCUCCAAGCUCAGGUUAAUGACCUGGAGAAGGCAGCCAAGAAAGCCAAGGACGACUCUUCGGAGGAGGAAGGCGAUGACGGCGUCCAAAAGGAUUCCUUGAGCUUAGACGCUCGUUUAGACAAUCCCUUACAUGUCAUCCCCGGGGGACUCUUCGAUAAAGAUGCUAUCCCGGCAGGGAUGGCUCUUGACUCUAUGGCCAAGCAGUACAAGGCUUAUAGAGAACUAGAACAGAAGUACGAUGAUCUACGCAACAGAGAGAAGGAUCUCAAGGACCAACUUGAAGCGGCCCAGAAAGCAGCCCUUGACGCCGAUAAACGGAUUGCCCGUCUCAAUGAGGAGCUUGCAGCAGCCACUAUCAAAGAGUCGGACGGAAAGGGUGGCUCUGAUGAUAAGGCACUCAAGGCAGAAAUAAAAAAGCUCGAAGCAGAACUCGAGAAGCUCAAGAAAGACUAUCACGAUCUCGACAAACAUUACGAACUCCAGAAACAUAUGAACAGCAAACAAACAAAAGACGUCUGGGAGCUCAUAGAUCUCCGCAAGCAGUUCAAACAGCUCCAAGACAAGCUGAAGGCUUGUGAGGAGGACAAGGACGACCCAGAAGAGGAUGUCGUCGAGCUAAACGAACGGAUUGAGGAGCUGAAAGCCGAACUCGUGGCUUGCAAGGCUUCCAAGGGCGUUGAUCCCGCCGAUAUUCCCGAGGAACUCAAGGCCCUGAGACGGAAGUUGGCGCAGCGCGACAGCAUCGAGAACGGACUGAAUCAUGAAAUCAUCCGCCUGAAGGACCGGAUCAGGGAGUUGCUGGAAGACUUGAAUCGGGCGCAGGCCGCUAUGAAGCCAGACCAGAUCAAGGAAGCCACGCUUCGAAAGGCUAUCGACAGGCUGAAGCGCCAGAUCAAGGAUAUCACAGUUCGAAACCAGCAGCUGCAGAGAACGGCCGUCGCAGUGGUUGUCCGAGACAGCGAUGACCUUCGACGGUUCUGGGAGCUUGUCGAAGCGGCGUGGAGGAAGUUGGGAGCUGUCGGCCACGCAGUAGACGCCCUGUACAAGGCUCUAGGACUCGUGUGCAACACAGCGGACCUGGCUGAGGCCAUCAACGACCUCGUAGCCCCGGCCGGCAGUCUGAAGGGCAAAUUCCCCGGUUUUGCUACCAUUGAGCUCAAGAAGGAACUCGCGACUGCCCGUCUGACCAUCGUCAACCUCAGACGGGAUCUGGCCAACGCCCGUCCACUGACAGACGCCCAGAUCAAGAUGGACCUGAAGCUCUACGAGGAAGAGGAGCUGGAGAGGCGCGUCGACCGCCGCACGGCGACCUACAGGAACCACCGCCGCGCCUACCUCGACAACCUGUUCGGCGCUGCGAGGGAGUACCAGGUCCUCGAAGCCACUGUCACGGACGAGCCGACGAGGAACGAGAUCAACAGGAUCCGUAGUACCUACCUCGAUCCCAAUGUCAUUCCGGCUCCGGUCGCGGCUACGGGCGGCGGUGAGUACCUACCUGGGUGCCUUGGAUGGUGA